AGAAGUGACAGACAAACGGCUGAAGGAGGACUGGGAAUAUUUCAAGCAGCACUAUCUAUUUCGCGCUGGUCGAUAUAAAGAGUUAAAUUUAAAGCUGGCUGACAGAGUACAUAUUUUUUCUUGUAUGUCAGAAAGGAUGUGUCCAUAAUUUCGACAUAAAGGGAGGAACAGAGAAGACCAGCACAGAACAAACAACUAUCAUGAAUGGACAUCAUUUAAGUGAACUUCAUAAAAGCGAGUGUGCUUUUUACAAGUUCACAAGAGAAAAACUAAUUCUGUUAUGUACAGGUAAACUAAACUUUUAAACAGAAAUGGAAGACUGUCCAGAUCCAGCUACAGAAGGAGAACUUCUUGAAAUACGGCGUGACACAGAAGGUUAAAUUUGUCCACCUCAAUACGUAUGACGUCAUCACGUAAUGUGUACGUGUACAUCACGUGACGUGCAAAUGCAGUAGUGUCAAGAGUGAAACAAGAAUGGCCUUUGCAAGUGACCAAGACGUAAAGGUUUCCGAACCAUGUCAAGAUAAUCCGUAUGGAUUUAAUGGUGUGGUUGUGUUUGGAGAUGAAACCUAUAGCAUGACUCCAGGAAUUAUCCCAGAUAUGACUGGCUACAAUCAAUACCUUACUAGAAGUGGAAAUAGCUGUAGUUCUGGAGUCAUAAAUGCAGACAGCUGGAAUGAUGCUCCAGCAUCUCAUCAAAUGCCACCAGUGGUUCUAUGAGAAGAGAGGACAUCAUACCACAACUUUAACAAUGACAACACAGAAUAUCAGUCACACUAUUUCCACUGGAAAUGGCAGACCAUCUGGGAACCUUUGGGAUACUCAUUUUAACAUAAUGCAAUUUGGGAAACCUGCACAAAUCUUUAUUUAGAAUAUGAUUAAAGACAUAGCCUAUAGUAUGUAAAUUAGACAAUAGGAUGCAGCAAGAGUUGUCAUUACUCUGCUAUUUUUACAUUUGUUCUUGGUGUGACCGGGCCUUUAGUAGGAAUGUGCAUUUAAUACAGUGUUUAAAUCGGUACAGAAUCCUCAAUGUAAACUAUUACUGGAUUAAUUUCACAUUUGUGUUGUUAAUUGCAUUUGAGGAUUAUUCAUUAUUGAUAAAUAUUAACACCAUGGAUAGACCAUUGUCCUUCAAGUCAAUGUUGUAUUUCUUAAGUUCAGAGACAGAAUAAAAAAAUGUAAAAUAUUUGAUUAAAGCCAACUGAUUUAAAGCUAAAUAAUAAAUACAAGUACGCUUCUAUUUAAAAAUAGAUUGGAUCAGCCUGCUGCUGACCAUAUCAUUAGCAAGAAAUCCGUAAAAAAAAAAUGGUACUUACCAUGAUGAUCUGGUCUCCCAAAAGGUUUUACCAGCGCAUAAUAUUUGUUGUAUUACAUGCAAGAUAAGCUUGAUUAUUAUACAGUUUAGAGGGCUGUAUAAAGCACUGGAAGAUUUUUAGUUAUUUUAUUUUUGGGCGCUGUCCAGGAGGUCUUGACUCAUCUCAAACUCACAUGAACUGCAUGCGUUUUUCUGUCCAGGAAAGAUAAUUGCACUCAGGUGCCGCUAGGGGCACUGUGGAAAACGUCACUUCCUCUCCCUGAUCAUCAACACAGACGCACUGAAGUGUUUACAUUUUCAGUUGUGUGCUAAAUGCAACAUAAUAUCUUAGUUUUUAUUACUCAUUUUAACAAUGAGGCUUAAUCUGAGUAACAGUUGAGUCUCCUUCAUCCAAAAGCUGUAACGUUAAUAAUAUCAACUGCUUUCAGAGGAAGGUUUUACAUUCUCCCUGAUCAUCCUCAUCAACAGCAUGGAUCGCCUGGCGUCUUUUGGAAAUGAUCCUUUCGAUAAGCCUCCCUGUCGAGGAUGUUCCUCGUAUCUAGUGGAGCCUUACAUUAAAUGUGCUGAAUGUGGACCGUCACCUUUCCUCCUGUGUCUGCAGUGCUUUACUAGAGGAUACGAGUAUAAAAAGCACCAGAGCGACCACAAGUAUGAAAUCAUGACAUCAGAUUUUCCCGUGUUAGAGCCUGGUUGGACUGCUCAGGAGGAGAUGGCUCUGUUAGAGGCCGUCAUGGACUGUGGCUUUGGUAACUGGCAGGACGUGGCUUACCAGAUGCGCACUAAGACCAAAGAGGAGUGUGAAGGGCACUACAUGAAGAACUUCAUCAACAAUCCUCUGUUCUCCUCCACUCUGCUCAGUCUCAGACAGAUGGAAGAUCAUCUGUCCCGGACAGCAGACACAGCCAUUCCCUUCAAGCCCACUGAUGAUCCUCCGAGGCCUUCUUUCGACUCUCAGGUGUCCAGAGAUAUGGCUGGAUACAUGCCGGCUCGAGCAGACUUCAUGGAGGAGUUUGAUAAUUAUGCUGAAUGGGAUUUGAAAGAUAUCGACUUUGUUGACGAUGACUCUGAUAUUCUUCAUGCACUGAAGGUUGCAGUAGUUGACAUAUAUCACUCCAGACUUGAAGAGAGACAGCGGAGAAAGAAGAUCAUUCGAGACCAUGGCCUCAUCAACCUACGCAAGUUUCAGAUUCUGGAGAGGCGUUAUCCGAAGGAAGUGCAGGACCUUUAUGAUGUCAUGAGGCGCUUUGCACGUGUGGUGGGUCCCAUUGAGCACGACAAAUUCAUCGAGAGUCACGCCUUGGAGUUUGAGCUGAGGAGGGAGAUCCGCAGACUGCAGGAGUACAGGACCGAGGGAAUACAGUCCUUCUGUGGUGCUAAAGUGUACGAGAGAGUGAAGCGCACACGAGAGGACGAGCGCAGGAAGAGGAACAUGCUGUGUGACGUCCUGCAGUACAUUCACGACGCUCGUGCGUGCCAGCAGUGGCUCCACAAACAGGCGGCCAUUGAUGCAGGAAUCACUCCUGUGGUCACCACUAUCACUACCUCAGGCAGAAGAAGCGCACCUCCUCUCAAUCUAACAGGACUGCCUGGCACUGAGAAACUCAACGAGAGAGAAAGAGAGUUAUGUCAGGUGGUUCGUCUGGUGCCUGGGGCGUAUCUGGAGUACAAACAGGCCCUGCUGAACGAGUGCCGGCGCCAGGGGGGUCUACGGCUGGCACAGGCCCGAUCGCUCAUCAAGAUAGAUGUCAACAAGACACGCAAAAUCUAUGAUUUUCUUAUCAAAGAGGGUUACAUCAAUAAGGCUUAGUGCUGAUUGAACUGCUGCAAGGACAUCUGAUAGAUGAAGAUACUCAUACUGGAUCAUUCAUGUUGAGAAUGAGCAAUGAGAGAUGACCGGUUUGAAGUACUUUAUUUAAAAUAAAGUUCAUUCAUUACUGAUCAGCGCCUUUUGAUUUUGAAAGACUGACAGGGUGCUCCUUUAAAGCUGUGUUUAGAACCAUAUACGCUAAUAGUUGUGUAGAAACUGCUGCUGUUUGUACCGGCGAAAAUCUCUCGCUCUAAUAUUGAGAGUCAUUUUAUUUCAUUUCCUUUGUCUAUGUGCCCUUAAAAUUGUCAAUUGAUUUUUGAACUCUGGUAUUGUUAGAUGAAUAUCACAAGGUUAUUUUUAUUAUUAUUGCUGUUGUUUGUUAUUAUUAAAUGUACUGUGAAAUUUUCAUGACAGUUCUGCAUAUAGAAAAGGCUCAGAAAAAAAUAUAAUUUAUAAAAUUGCAUUUUAUAGUAUGCAAUUAUUAUGUUGUGACUGUAAAAUUAUAUUGAAACAUGUACAACAGGGAAUAUUUACUGUACUGUCUUUAUUAUUAAAAUAGUUUUCACAGUU